AUGACUAAAGACUCCGUCCCCUCCAUGCAAUGGGCCCAAGUAGCCGAAAAAGUCGGCGGCCCUCUAGUCCUCAAGCAAAUCCCCGUCCCGAAGCCCGGGCCCGAUGAGAUCCUCGUCAAGAUCCGCUACUCAGGCGUCUGCCACACCGACCUCCACGCCAUGAAAGGCGACUGGCCCCUCCCAGUCAAGAUGCCACUCGUCGGCGGACACGAGGGCGCCGGCAUCGUGGUAGCCAAGGGCGACCUCGUCACUGAAUUCGAGAUCGGCGACCACGCCGGCAUCAAGUGGUUGAACGGGUCUUGUCUCGCAUGUGAAUUUUGCAAGCAGGCGGAUGAACCGCUUUGCCAGAAUGCCUCGCUGUCCGGGUAUACCGUCGACGGCACCUUCCAGCAGUACACUAUUGGCAAGGCGACGCAUGCGUCUAAGAUUCCCAAAAACGUGCCCCUGGAUGCGGUGGCGCCGGUGCUGUGUGCCGGUAUUACCGUGUACAAGGGGUUGAAGGAGUCCGGGGCUCGGCCUGGGCAAACGGUUGCGAUUGUUGGUGCGGGUGGUGGGUUGGGAUCCCUGGCGCAGCAGUAUGCGCGCGCCAUGGGGUUGCGGGUUAUUGCUAUUGAUGGUGGGGAUGAGAAGCGGGUGAUGUGCGAGCAGCUUGGUGCUGAGGCAUACGUUGAUUUCACCAAGUCCAGUGAUCUGGUCGCUGAUGUCAAGGCAGCCACGCCGGAUGGGCUGGGUGCGCAUGCUGUGAUUCUCCUGGCCGUCUCGGAGAAGCCCUUCCAGCAGGCUACCGAGUAUGUUCGCUCGCGCGGUACUGUCGUCGCCAUUGGAUUGCCUGCGAACGCCUUCCUGAGGGCACCGGUCCUCAACACUGUCGUGCGCAUGAUCAACAUCAAGGGUAGCUAUGUUGGGAAUAGACAGGACGGUGUCGAGGCUAUUGAUUUCUUUGCUCGGGGACUGAUCAAAGCUCCUUUCAAGACUGCUCCGCUUGAGGAUCUGCCUAAGAUCUAUGAGCUCAUGGAACAAGGCAAGAUUGCUGGUCGCUACGUCCUUGAGCUGCCUGAAUGA